AUGGCAGACAGGAGGCUCGGCCCAGCGUUGGAGGCGCGCACCGCCGCCCUGGGCGCGUGCAGCAGGGCCCAGCGGUGGGAGCGCGCACUGCUCUUGGCCGCGGGGCUGGGCAGGGCCGCGCUCGUCCCAGACCUCGUGUUCUGCAACGCCACGCUUGCUGCCUGCGAGAAGGGUGCGCAGUGGCAGCGGGCGCUUGCGCUGCUGGCCUCGAUGCUGCGGGCGGGCCCCCGCCCAGACGCGAUCAGCUACACUGCCGCUCUGGGCGCGUGCGACCGCGGCUCUUUCUGGGCGGGGUCGGUCGACCUGCUGGGCAGCAUGCGGGAGUCCAGGCUUGCCGCAGACCCGAUCCUCCACAACGCCGUGGCCAGUAGCCUGGAGCGGGCCUCGCGCUGGAAGCAAGCCUUGCAGUGGCUCCUCACUGGGCAGCGCCACACCCAUGCCCUGGAUGGCAUGAUCUACGCGGCGGCGGCAGCCGCGUGCAGCCAGGCGGGCCAGCCGGCCGCCCUGCUGGCCACCUUGCGCCGCUGCGCACGAAGUGCGGCGACGGCAGCGCGAGGCCACCCUGUCAUGGCUGGGACCCGCGUGGCAUUGAUCUGCGCGCUUCAGCAGCAUCUCGUCCCAGCACCACGUCGCGCCUUGGCCGCGCUGAUCCGUGGCAUCAGCCGUCCAGCCUUGAAGCCCAGCGCCGGCCAGGCGGGCGCCGGCGUCGACGCUGGCCGAGGGCCAGACGACGGGCUGUGGCUGCCCGAGCAGGGGCUCUGCGACCUGGGCCCCCAGCUGACCUGCGGCGCCCUCGAGCGCGCGCUGGGGCGGCCGGCGCGGGAGGCGGCCGCGCCGGGCCUGCGGCUGCGCCUGCAGGUCGCCUCGCUGCACGCCGGGGCGGCCGCCGAGGCCACGCCCAGGGCGCCCGCGGCCAGGGCGCUGUUCGCGUGGACGUUGUCGGACGCGUUCCAGCGACUGCGCCUCGCCGAAGACGGCCCGGAACGCUGGCUGAUAGAGAGCCUAGGUCUAGGCUACACGCCGGGCCACUGCAUUCCGAUCCGCUCCACGCAGGGCCUGGUGCUGGAGGUGGCCGAGCAGUACAGGGGCGACCGCCUCGGGGCCGUGCGCGCCUUCGCCGCCACGCUGCCGGAGCCCGGCCGGGCGCUGCCGCCGGCGCCGCAGCCGUCGGCGGCGGUGCUGGACAGGGCCGCGGGCCCGGAGCACGACGCGGGCGAGGUCGCGGCGGUCGGGGACGACGCCGUGGAGUGGCGGCUGCCAGGCGUUCGCGCCCGGGCACGCCAAGGUGACGGCAGGGCUCUCGUGUCCUCCUCGUUCACAGUGCCCCGCUUCGCGGCGGGCCCGGCGCUGCGCCUCAAGCUGUUCCCGCUCGGCUCGCGGAGGCGGACGCUGCCGGGGCACUGCUCGCUGUACGUGACAGGGCCGGAGGGCGCGCACCUCGAGUUUCUGCUGCGCCUGGGGGCCGAGGAGCACGGCCCGCUGGAGUGCUCCUUCGACCGCCCCGAGAAGGACACCGGGCGGCACGACUUCUGCUCGCUGGAGGAGGCGCUGGAGGCCGACGGGGGCGCCGUUGUGCGCCUGACGGUGCUGCGCGCGGUGUCCGCCGAGGCGUCCCCGCGCGCAGGCCCGGCCCCCGGCGCGCGGGAGGCUCCGGGCGUGCGCGCGGGCGCCCUCAGCCCGGCUAUGACUGACGUGCGCGAACAUGAGUUCCAACCUCCAGCUCGGGUGGCCAUCGACACGGAUUCGCCCGGCACGGGCUUCGUGCGCCCCGCUUGCGACGGGGCAGAGCCGGUGGAUGAGAGGGAGGAGGACCAAGGGCGCCACCGUAUGGCACGCGGCCGAGCGCGGCAGGGCCGCACCCCUUCUCCGAUGUUGAGGGUCCGCGUCGAUGACGGCCCCGACUUGAUCCUGUCAGAGGGGGCGUGCGGCGAAGUCGGCGAGCAGGCGCAGAUCACCAGCUCCGUCCGGAGGUUGGUGCGCGCCGAGCGGGACCGUUCCGUCACCCUGCUGGAGCUCAGCCUCUUUGGGCGGGCGUUCAGGGACAUGUGCAGGAAGCCCUUUGCCAGUCUGCCCCUAGUGGGCAGGCGGAACGCGGAGAGCCCUCCCACACGCGAGUAG